AUGGAUUUCCGUGUUCUUCAAGGUCCAGAGAAACUGCAACAAGUUACGAAACUUCUAGAUAGCCUUGAAAGGGAUCUAAAGGAUAAGUCGUUGAACUCUGCACAAAGGACCCAGACUCUCCUGCAGCUGAGGCAACAUGGCACUAGUCCCGACAACGCGGGUCCCAUUUAUUCAAAAAGGGGGAUUGAGAUUUUGUCAAAAUAUGGCGUUGACGGAGAGACAACGGAUGUUCGUCACGCCGCCCUCCGCUGCGUCGCAAAUGCUCUAUUGUUGGAUGAGAACAUGCGCCAGCUAUUUGUAGACACUGGCAGAGGUGGAAAGUUGGCUGAAAUGCUGAAAUGUGAUUCUUCCGAACAUGAGAUGGUUAUCAGCCGUGUACUUUUCCUUUCAACAUACGAGACAAACAUGAGCUUUGACGAUCUUAUCAAUAAUCACUCCCUGGGAGAAAAUGUCAACUAUCAAAUCUUUCGACACUCCAAGCAGUUCCCGAAAUCGGGCAGAAAGCCACUACCACCAAUUGAUGAACUAGCAUUUAUCGAUACUCUGAAGCUGGUAUUCAAUGUAUCAAAACUUUUUGAGGAUUUGGCACCAACCUUCUCGCCGUCGAUUCCCUACAUUUUCAAAAUCAUUAGCCGUAUUGACAUUCCUCUAAAGCCAUUGGACGGCCUUCUUGGUACCCUUUUAAACUGCCUCUCGACUCUUGACCUUGAAAACAAAAAGGAACGGUCCUAUGAGAGCAACCCACUUUUUCCUACUUUCAACCAGAACUGCAAUGUCGACAAGUUGAUCAAUAUUUUGGAUCAAGCAGUGUCGGCAUAUGACCCGCUAGAGCUCGAAACAAAGGCCAUACCACUCCUACACACUCUUGUAACAAUCCACGAGCUUGCGCCGGAUGGUCCUCGCAAAUAUAUGCAGUGGCUUCUCUUGCCCGAUGAUAACGAUAGAAAUCGACCAAUCGGGCAGUCCGACACGCUCUCUUCGAAACUGCUCAAGCUCUCAACAAUGCCAUACCGGAACCUUAAGAUUGCGAUUUCCGAACUGAUGUUUGUACUCUCUGGAAAGGAUGCCGAAAGCCUAACCAAGAAUAUUGGUUAUGGUUUUGCUGCAGGCUUACUUGCAUCCCGAGGCAUGGACAUUCCGAAGUCUGCUGGUGAAGCAUUUGCGACGAACUCUGAAGGGCUUGAUCCGGAAGUCAACCCAAUCACGGGCCAAAGAUGGGACAAGGAAAAAGAAGACACAGGCCCGCCCAUGACCCAAGAAGAAAAGGAACGAGAGGCGGAAAGACUAUUUGUGCUUUUCGAAAGGGCCAAGGCAAACGGCAUUCUUGGAGUUGAAAACCCAGUCACACAAGCUCUACAAGAAGGAAGGCUCGAAGAACUACCUGACUCGGAUAGCGACUGA